AUGGAUCAAAGAAUGAGACGAGUUAUAAGAUGGUAUGCGCAAUAUCUGGAAGUCUUGUCUGAUAAGCCGGUACAACGAUUUCUCUUCGGUAACUUCAGAAUGUUGGUUUGCCUCAGACAUUUGCCGGCCCGUGCAUACGUAUGCCGGUCACGAAUCGCUGUGUCAAGUAGAACAUUUGCCGAUAGAAUAUCCGACGCUUAUAAUAAGAAUGUCCAGACGGAGGAGAAGAUUGCGAAGGAUAACCAGAAGGAGUUCACAAGUAGAGUUCAAUAUGACGAACAAGUGAAAGCGCAGAGGACUAGACCUUCUGACGCCGAAAUGACUGUAUCGCCUACUUCAUGGCAAAAGUACUUCUUGGUCGCUACAGGGUUGUUUCAGAGUCAAAAGGAUGUACCGCACUCUGUUUCAAACGCCACCAUGAGUCGUAUGCACCACAGACUGCGAGUGAUCAUGUUGUCGAUGAUCACACUCUGCUUUUUCGUCGUCGUCUGGUAUUUCAAGAGCAAUCAUAACAACAGAGUUCUACGCGGUAGUGCUGCGAGCGCGUUGCCGAUGCACAAGGAGUCCACUAAGGGGUCGUCAGAGUAUCCUAGUUACAUGGACUUGGGUGGAUGUGGUGUUGAUGAUGAGAGAGAGUCAUACCUCAAUCAAAUUAGUCAAUUUAACACAACGUUCGGCUGUUACAGCAUGAGUUUCUUCUAAAAUCGAAAUCUAGUCUCUCCAGUUUCUCUUACAAUCUCUUUUUCCAUUUUGUUCCGAUGCGAAGUUACGACUCUUAUGUAGCAUUUGAUCGGGCUAGUCGGUCUUUCAUUCUGUAUAUAGCUUAUGUAAACUUGUAUAGAUAAGUAGCCCAACUUUGUUGAUAAAAGCAUAUAUAGCUUCGUUGAUUUAAUAUUGUCAUUACAUGUACAGAAUAAAAGCUCUUUAUAUC